AUGCCGCCGAUGAUGCAGCAACCACAAGCAAAACCAAAAAGGCAAGGGAGGCUGGUGGUCCAGGACAGGGACCGCGGGUUGUCCUCGUCGGAGGCGGCAGCGCGACGGCGCGCGCACGGGCCCAACGAGCUGCUCGACCACCCGGGGCACUCGGUGCUGCAGCUCGUGGCGCAGCAGUUCGAGGACACGCUGGUGUGCAUCCCUCUCACCGCCGACGCCGUCUCGUUCGCGCUCGCGCUCUCCUCGUCGGCCGGCGCGCUCACGCUCUCGGCCUUCGUCGAGCCGCUCGUCAUCUUCCUCAUCCUCGUCGUCAACGCCGCCGUCGGGGUCAUGCAGGAGACCAACGCCGAGAAGGCGCUCGAGGCACUGUGCCAGAUCCAGUCCGACCACGCCGCCGUGCUCCGCGACGCCGAGUGGGCGCCCGCCCUCCCCGCGCGCGACCUCGUCCUGGGGGACGUCGUCAUGGUCCGCGUAGGGGACAAGGUCCCCGCCGACAUGCGCGUCCUCAGGCUCAUCUCGUCGAACCUCCGCGUCGAGCAGGGGUAG